CCUACCAUCAGUCUCAACUUAAGUCUUACGGUCAACUCAAGUCUUUCACUAUCGAUUCAAGUCUUUACUGUCAACCUAAGGAUGUCGGCGGGGGGAAGCCUCUACAGCCGCGCCUCGCUAGGGAUGGCAGACCCCAGCGGUGCCGGCCCUCUCGGGGGCCCUUUCGCACCACUCCCAGAACAAAAUUCUCUCUGGGCCUUCUCGGGCUCCAUGGCCUCCUGGCAAGGGGUACCUAACAACAACCUGGACAUGGAGCAGUUCCAGAACUCCCAUGUUCGCAACGGGCAACCAACCCCGCCACAGUACGUUGAUGCCAUGGAGGAAAUGUAUCCUCUGGCGCAGUAUUCACUCGCCGACUCUCCGCCCGAGCUUGCCCAUCAGAAGCAACGCGGAAGCCUCAGUGACCAAUCUCAAUCUCAACCGAACACGUACAGCCUCGGCCCCCGGCGUCGGAGAGCUCCAGACACGGGGAGGAAUCAGCCAGAGCAGAAUGAGAAGCGCAAGAAAUUCCUGGAACGGAACCGGGUGGCGGCCAGCAAGUGCCGACUGAAGAAAAAGGAGCAAACGAAGCUCUUGCAGGCCCAAUACCAGGAACUAAAUAACAAGAGAAACGAGCUAAAGCGACAGACCGAGCGCUUACGCUCGGAAAAACUCUCCCUCAAGAACCUAAUCUUGGCGCAUGCCAAUUGUGGCGACCAGGCCAUCAAUCUUCGCAUCCAACAGAUGGUGGAGGAUAUCACAUCUCAAGACACCCCCCGUCUCGGCUCCAUCCAAAGCCCCCAGCCGAACUCACCAUCCACUCCCCAGGGGCUCUCUUUUGGCUUCGAUGGCCCGAUGCAACUGAGCCCGUCGUCGGCCAUGGAGUCGCCGGAAGAUCAGCAGCGACGAGAAUCCGAACAAUUCAUGACCGAGUCAUCCUACGGACUCUGCGCGGAUGACAGUUUCGACGAUUUGAUUCAAUUUAAUUAGCGGGCACGAGUCCUAUUUCUCCUUUCUUUCCUUCUUUCCUUUUUUUUAUUUAUUUUUAUUUUCGAUAAUGGUCUCCGAUACUA